GCCCGCAGCCCCCACGACCCCCUCGGGCCCCAGCCAUGGCGAAGCAGUACGAUGUGCUGUUCCGGCUGCUGCUGAUCGGGGACUCCGGAGUGGGCAAGACCUGCCUGCUGUGCCGCUUCACCGACAACGAGUUCCACUCCUCUCACAUCUCCACCAUCGGUGUUGACUUUAAGAUGAAGACCAUAGAAGUAGAUGGCAUCAAAGUGCGGAUACAGAUCUGGGACACGGCUGGGCAGGAGAGGUAUCAGACCAUCACAAAGCAGUACUAUCGACGGGCCCAGGGAAUAUUCUUAGUCUAUGACAUUAGCAGCGAGCGCUCUUACCAGCACAUCAUGAAGUGGGUCAGUGAUGUGGAUGAGUAUGCACCAGAAGGCGUCCAGAAGAUCCUCAUAGGGAAUAAGGCUGAUGAAGAACAGAAACGACAGGUGGGAAGAGAGCAAGGGCAGCAGCUGGCUAGGGAGUACGGCAUGGACUUCUAUGAAACAAGUGCCUGCACCAACCUCAACAUUAAAGAGUCUUUCACGCGUCUGACGGAGCUGGUGCUGCAGGCCCAUCGGAAGGAGCUGGAUGGGCUCCAGACACGUGCCAGCCAUGAGCUGGCACUAGCUGAGCUGGAGGAGGAAGAGGGCAAACCUGAGGGCCCAGCAACCUCUUCAAAAACCUGCUGGUGCUGAGAGUUCUGUGCGGGGCACCCUACACAAUACCCCUCUUCCCUCAGGAGGCCUGUG